AUGGAGGAAACACCACAUCGCUACAGCAAAGACAUAAGUUUUUAUAUUUCAGAAGACGAAGAAACACCAAAACCCAAAGGAAUUAUACAUCAGAAAAUAACAAAAGCUAAAGAAUUUGAAAAUCAACAUAUAGAAUAUAUUUUUGUACUCGGACAAACCUCAAACAUAACUGUUCAAAGAGAAAUAAAUGACGAAAGUAGGAAAUAUAAGGAUAUUGUACAAGGUAAUUUUGUGGAUUCCUACAGAAAUUUAACAUAUAAACUCGUAUUUACCUCAUCCAUAAUGUCAAUGGAUGUUAUUAGAAAAAUGUAUGAUUCAACUAAACAAGUACCUUUCAUGUGGUUGGAAGAUGUGUAUGGGGGUGGAUUUCUUCCUUGGGUUUCAAAUAUUAAAAUGCAAUUACCUAGAUGUUUUUAUGAGCGUGUGGGUGACAAGUUCAAUGAUAUAUCGUGUAGACUAGUUUAUUUAACAGACAACAUUAGAAUUCAAAGAACUGUGUGGGAAACAAUAUCAAAUCGAACGAAGUUUCAAUGCAAUUGUUAA